AAAAUUAAAGAACCAUGAACAACUUAAGCAUAAUAAUAAUAAAUAUAUUCCUCAUCAUCAACUACUUUCUCAACCUUCAAAUGAAUUGGUGUCAUUUUUUUGGGACUCAAUAAUAAUACAAAUGAAAGAAAAGGAAAAUUUUGUAUAUUUUCCAAAUCAAUGUAAAUAUCAAUGUAUUUUAGAAGGUGUAGCAGGUGGCGAAAGAUUGAAAAGCAUCUUUGUCUAUGAUCAAUUAAUUUCCAAAAUGAAUACAAAUACUCAAACUAUUGGAUAUGUGUUACUUGAAGACAUUGAUGGAAAAUAUAAAAUUAAAAUAAAUUGGAAGCAAAAAGAACUUAGAGAUAACUUGGCCCUUUUUUUAUCUGGUUCUUUUUCAAUAAGUUUUAUUUGUAAUUCAGGAGAAUUCAUAAAUGAGUAA